GUCAAACAAAAAUGUCACAAAACAUACAACUACAAACAUUUCUCUUUAGUAUAGUAGUAAAUAUUCUUUUAACAAACUGUUACAACUUAGAAAAGCUCCUCACUAAAGACGAUGUUCGUUUAUGGUACCAAAACCAAACCAACUUGGACAAUAUAAAAAACCCAUACUGCGCAAUUUGCUGUCCAGACAUCAGACGCUUGGAAAAGGGUAGAAAAUGCGGAAUACAUACCAUGUGCGUUUAUGAACCUAAACCUACAGGGCCUGCUUGUAAAGGACUAAUAAUCAUGGACUUUUCGGAUGAAGAAAUAAAUGCCAUCGUGGAUGCUCACAAUACCCUGAGAAACAGGGUCGCUAUGGGAUGGGAAACACAAGGAGAUCCAGGUCCUCAACAGGCAGCUUCUAAUAUGAGGUUGAUAACAUGGGACCAGGAACUAUCCCAUGUGGUUCUGCGAUGGGCUACACAGUGUAUAUACUACCAUGACCGAUGCAGGGACCUCAGUAGGUUCCCAGUAGGUCAGAACAUAGCAGAAAGCAACUAUGCAUCGAGAAGUGACUUGAAACAUAUCGAGAAUUGGUAUUCCAAGGUGGAGUUUUAUAGAAACACGGAUAUAAACAGUUACAAAAUAUACGAAAAAGAAUAUUCGUCCUUAUCACAAUACACCCAACUGGUAUGGGCAGACACAUACCUAGUAGGCUGUGCCAGAGUCAGCUUCCAGAAAAUCGAAAAGAGCAAAACGGUCUACAAGGAGCAUUUUUUCUGCAACUACGGACCUUCAGGAAAUAUUGCCGGACAGCCUGUAUAUAAACCGGGAGAACCCUGCAGUGCGUGCCUGGAAGGCACUGGAUGUACGGACCCGGAAUAUCCGGGGUUGUGCGGUAACGAGAUUGUUAAUGAAACUUACUAUGAGUUACUGAGAAGGAAAUCGAAAUUAAAAUUGGAAACAAACUCUGGAAAAGUGUAUAAGGGUGUUUGGGUUAAUGUAAUGUUUGUUUGUAUAAAAAUAAAGUUUAUUUCUUACUGAA